GUUGAGAGUAAACGCAUAGAAACUGUGGUUUGGUGUGUGUGUGUGUGUGUGAGAAAGAAGAGAAAAUGGGGAAAUCGCCGACGACGAAAGAUGAUGCUCAGGCUCUUUUUCAGUCUCUCCGAUCUGCUUACUCCGCUACUCCAACUAAUCUGAAGAUCAUAGAUCUGUACGUGGUGUUUGCUGUGUUCACCGCUCUAGUUCAGGUGGUUUACAUGGCAAUAGUUGGGUCGUUUCCAUUCAACUCUUUUCUCUCGGGUGUGCUUUCCUGUGUAGGGACAGCCGUCCUAGCUGUUUGUCUCCGUAUACAAGUGAACAAAGAAAACAAGGAAUUCAAGGAUUUACCUCCGGAACGUGCAUUUGCGGAUUUCGUUUUGUGCAAUUUGGUGCUGCAUUUGGUGAUUAUGAAUUUCCUUGGAUAAGUUGACAUGAUUGCAUUUUGAUGAGGGAGUAGCAAAUAGCAAUAGAUCUCUUGGGGUAUUGCUUUGUGAUGCUUUGAGUCUUGAAUUGUGUAUUGACAAAUAGGAUAAUUGUUUUGAACCUUUUAAAAAUUUGAAUCUCAAAAGAACUAUUUUAUGAUCCAGAAUGUUACCCGAU